GUAAAAUCACCUGUUUGUGCUUGUUUCCGGUUUUCCGUUAUUUGUUUAUAUAUUUAUUAUCAUUCAAAGUUGUUUAUAUUUUAAUAGUGUUGCAAGAUUAUCAAUAUUUUAAAAACAAAAAGUGAAAGCUAAAAACAAUAUGUCUUUACUAAAAAAGAAAUUUGAUGACUUUGGUUUUAAAAAUAAACAAGAUGAUACAGAAUGGAAAAAAGAUUUGUCAUCAAAACAAAAUAUUUUAUAUGGUGAUUCACCAUACAUACCUAUUUUAAUUGAAAAUAUUCCGAAUUAUGUUCAAUUAGAUGACUUUGAAUUUGAUAGAAUAAAAGAAGUGCAAACUGUUGGAAUAAUUUACGGAAAUACAUGGCAAGAAGCUCUCAUUUAUAAUUGUAAUAAAGAUAAUAUUAUUUCAAUACAAUUGAAGUUUACAUGCUGUAGACGUGAAGUACUGCAAAAGAGUGGUUACACACCGGGUGUUAAAAUACCAUGCAAAUUGUUUGGCAGAUUAAUUAAUUUUGAAGGAAAACCUCAAUUAGAAAUUCAUCAUUUUCUUAAAUUAAUUGAUCUAGAGGGAUCUCUACAAACAACGAAAAUUCUUUCACAAUUAGUGAGACAAAAGUAUAAUUAUUAUGCGAGUGUAAACAGUUCUUAAUUUUUAAUAACUAAUGUAAGUGAUAAAAUUAAUAAUAAUAAAUAUUUUUGUAUAUUAAAUUAAA